AUGUCUGGAUCUUCGCGUCCAUCCACUCUAAACUCGCCCACUUUGGAUUCGGAUUUGGAGAAACAUCUUCUACCAAUAACUUCUCAUCCAUCAAGUCACCAAUCAGAAAGUCAACAUGAUUCAAAAAGCGAAACCGUUGUGGUAUUCCCCUUCCGAACACUUCAACUGCAGAGGAUAGCCGAACUGCAAGAUAAGCUGCUCGAGAUAUCUGGGUUGAAUUUGAAGACUGUGACUGCGGAUGAAAAAGAAGCUAUUGACAUGACUUUAACACGCUACGCGCAGGCUAUACGUGAUUAUGACACGUUAUCCGAAAAUACCCUCUUUACUAUUCCAUCUAACGCUACAUUCGUCGGUGCUUUGGGUGGUAUGGUGCCACCACACGGUGGCAUUCACUUCAAGUCGACGAUAGCUUCUCUUCUGAAAAGUACCGACACUAUCAGAGCUGCUUGGUUCACAGCGGGCGUUGACGAUGCCUAUGCUCGGCUGAGCCCCGACAAAAGAAACAUUCACUUACCCAUUAGUAAUCUGAUAGGAAACAUAGGUGUCCGCGAACUAGGUCAAGAGGGGCAAAUCCGUCGAGCUCAACAGAAAGCAUUCACAGCACGAUUGGUCUUUGCUCUGCUGGGAGGCGUGGCCCUUAUUGGUCCUGUCCUCAUCAUGACACUUCACACGUCAACGAGCACAAAUCUCAUUACCAUAUCAAUUGCAACAUUCAUCUUUGCUCUAGUCAUGGCGCUUUUUGCGACUGAUGUAGAGGGAAAGGAUGUACUCGGCGCUACUGCUGCCUAUGUUGCAGUAUUGGUGGUGUUCAUUGGAACAAGUUUGCCAGCAAAUACUAAAUAA